UUGGCGAUCGGCGUUGUAUUGUUGAUUGCUACCAUAGUGUAUUCUCGCAUCCAGAGAAAGAACAAUGCCGGACAAGUUAUAAGCGGACCGAAUACUGGUCAGAUAGGUUCAACAACUCAAGGAGGAUCGGGCAAUGUGACGACCACCACUCAAUAUCCUAGCCCCUAUGGCUUUCAACAGCCGGCGUACGGGCAAACACCCAUGUAUCCACCGGGAUCAUAUCCGUCACCGGUACCGCCCGCUGGAUAUUCGACUUAUCCGACAGGACCAGCUUAUCCUUCAUCGACUCAGUACCCUUUUAAUUCUCCCUAUAAUGUUCAAGCACCAUACCCA